AAGAAGACGGGGUGGAUCUUCAGCGCGGCGUACUACCAGCAGUGGUUCGACGUCGACACGGACGACGUCUUAUCUCGAACGUUCGAGGCGACGGCGAAGUGCUACGCGGGAUCGUUCGCGCGCGCGUGCGACGGCAAUCCAGAUUUAUACGGGCCGUUCUGGAUCUGCGCGACGCUCGUGUUUCUGCACGCGAUGGGGGGGAACUACGCGCAGUACAUGUCGUCCAAGGGGAAGUCCGACGGCGAGGAGUGGAGCUUCGACAUCGAGAAGAUCAGCGUGUCGAGCGCGAUGUUUUUCGGAUACUGUUCCGUCGCGCCGGUUUUGUUGUACCUCGUCUUGCGGUGCUUCGCGGGCGUGCCGACGACGAGCCUGUCGUUCGUGCAGCUCGUGUCCACGUACGGGUACGCGCUGACGGUGUACGUCCCGGUGUCGCUGCUGUGCGUCGUCCCGAGCGAGGCGUUCCGGUGGAUGUCGUUCAUCGCGGGGAUGGCGGUGAGCGCGUCGUUUUUGUUCACCAACGUGCGA